GCAGUUUCAGUUAAUACCGAACCCUCGCGCCAGACUGACGUCGUGCAUUCCAUAGCGGAAACCCGAACGAACCACAGACCAAAACAAAAGAAAAACCCAAAAGCGAACUACCAAAAAAGUCGCGUUUCUCGGCAUCGGCAUCGGAAUCGGAAGUUCUUUUUGGCUUGCUGUUGUUGUCGCCGCAGUCGCCGUCGUGACCGAGAGUUGAAUCGUCAUAUAAACGCAUGCUGGGCUGCUCUUGGGCAGCGGACAUCUAUGGAAACAUCAUGUGGCUUGGGCCUGUCAUUCCCGAGGCACAUCUACAGCAUCACCAGGGACUUCAGCAUCAUCAACAACAAGAACAAAAACAGCAGCAGCAACAACAAGAGCGACUACAGCGUGUUGUCUUGUAUUUGAAAACCUAACCUAAUAAUAUAAAAAAGAGAGAGAGAAAACAAAAAACAAAUUAUAAUCGCCGCUAACAAAAUAAAUCGCUAAUCGCUCGCUCGCUCGCUCGAUUGCCCGGUCGAUCGCCUUCAUCAAAUCUAACAAGCAAUAAUAUACAUAUAAAUUAUUAUAUAUCGCAUUUUUGUGUUAUGUUUGUGUGUGUUUUGUUUGUUGUUCGUAAUACCACCCGACCACCACCACUUACCGCCUGCCGUUAACGAUCAUGCAUAGACCAAAGCUAGCAAAUCCUAUAACUGCUGCCGGUAUUGCUUCAUCCAUAUCAAACAACAACUACAACAACAAAUCAAAACGCGCACGUCAAUUCAGCAAGCCCACAACGGCCGGCACAGCAGCAGGGGCGACAGCUAAAGAGUCUGCAGUCGAUUUGUCAUCGCCACUCUACGAUAACCAUUCGCACUCCUCACUAAUUGACGCUUCAAUUGAUUUAGAACAUUACAUCAGCGCCAUGGAGGCACGACGCAACGAGAGCGAGCCGGAUGUGUGGGCUCAGUUGCAGCAAAAGGAAUCGGAUAUACUAUUGGCAGCAGAGCUGGGCAAAGCUUUGCUAGAAAAGAACGAGGAGCUGGUCAAACAACAGGAGAAAUUAAUUGAGGAAUAUUCCAGCAAAAUAGAGAAACUUGAGCAGGAGAAGCAUGUGCUGCGCCAGAAGCUAGCCAUAGCGGAAGAUGAGAGCGAUCAACGUGUGCUCGAGCUGCAGUCAGAUCUCAACGAGCUGAAGGACAAGCUGCAGACACAGGAUGCGGCCAUCAGGCAAGCGGAAAAGGAAAAGACCAUACUAAUCGAUGAGCUGCAGCAUCAGAAUACACGCUUGACCGAACAGAUACAGGAAGCACAUGCCACCGAAAUGAAGCUCAGUGCACAGAUUCAAGAGCUGAAGGACCAAUAUCACUACAGGAACAGCAGCCUUCAGGAGCACGUCAACAGCCUGGAGUCCAUCAAAACCGAACUAAACCUCACCACAGGCAAACGCCAGGAACUGGAGCGUCGUCUGCAGCACGCCCAGGAGGAGAAGGAGAGUCUCACCUCAUCGCUGGAGGAGGCCUCGGACCGCAUUCACAUGCUGGAACGACAUGCCCGCGAGCAAGAAACAAAAUUAGAGACCACCUUACAAGCAUUGGAACGUUCUCAGCGUGAAAAUAAUGUGCUUAGCGAGCGCUUGGGUGCGGACGCCAACUCGAGUACGCCGGGCAAAAAGAGUCUACAAUUCGAAAUGGAGUGCGAUGAGGAGGAGGCCAGCUUCUCGGAAUCCGGCAAGCCUAGCCAAAUGUGGAUAGAGGCGCGUUCUGUUUAUAUACAGCUGAAAUCCCUUGUGGACUCGCUUAAAGUGGGCCACGAUGAUGACUCAGGUCUCAAUUCUGAUAUAUCGCUGGAUCUGGAGUCGAUGGACAACACGAUGUCCAGCACAGAGCGCAAUGACAGCGACCAUAUGGCCAUUGAGUUCCGGCAGGGCAUGCUGUCAGCCAUGUCGGAUGAGCUGACGCGAUUGCUGCUUAACUUGGAUGCGGGCAACUUUAAGAAAAUGCUGGACCAGACACGCAAUCUAGUGCUGGAGCAGGAGGACGAGAUCAAGCGCAGCCAUCAGCUUAUACAGCAGCUGGAGGCUAAAGUCACGGUGACGGAUGUAGAGUUGCAGAAUGUGAAAGAGGAGCGCGAUCAGGCACGUGGCGAUCUCGUUGACAACACCGAUCGCGAUGAGCUGCUGACCAAGGCGCAAAAGGAACGCGAUGCGGCGAACGAGCGUCGCACCAAGGCCGAGGUGGAGCUGGCCAAGACGCGCGUCGAGCUGAUGCAGGCCAACAGUCAGCUGCUGGAGUCCAUUCAGCAGAAGGUGGAGCUGUCGCAGCAGCUCGAGCAAUGGCAAAUGGACAUGCAAGAGCUGAUCGAUGAGCAGAUGCGCUCCAAACUAAUCAACAACCGUCGCAACGCCCAGUCCGCCGAGACGACGACGACGGCGCCCAGCAGCACGGCAGCCCAGUUGGCCAAGCGGGUCUCCAGCUACAAACUGUGGAGUUUAUUUCAGCGCUAGUUGGGCAAACUUAACAACACGCUGGAAGAUCUAUGCAACUCUUAUAUUCUUAAUGUAGGAAGGAUCAACUAAAUAUAUAUACAUACAUAUAUUUUUAAUAUUUAUACACAAAAGAGAGCCUUAGCAUAUAUAUAUAUAUAUUUACGUAUGCAUGUACGUAUGUAUUUGUUGUAAUUUGUAUGUAUAUUGUAAUGAUGCGACCUUCUUUGGUUUUGUAGUGAAAUCUUUUUAAUUACGCUUUAUUAAUCUUAAAGACAUAAUGUAUUAUUGUAAUUGUACUCUCGUACCUAUGUUUAAACAAUAUUUCUGUACACAAAUUUUUUUAACACAAUCUCGCUCUCUCUCCCCUCUUUCCUAUCCAUGUUAGUUUAUCAUUUAAUUCUUUUAAGAUCAAACGGAAAAUCGAAAACAGAAAACAAAAAACAUAUCGCCCAUCUUGUUGAGCGGCUGGCAAUAGGCUUAAAGCCUUUCCUGGUUCAAAAACUUGUGUUUGCGAUUACUGAAAUCAAAAUGUUAUAAUCUAACCAUUUAUUGUACUUAAGCUGAUUUAAUUUUAAGCAAAGCAUUUAUGUUAAAACAAGAAAACAACAUUUAUAUAUCUGAAUGAUAUGAACGAGGCAGAUAAAACGGAAUUAUAUGCGAUCUUCGCAACGGACAACUUGCCUUAAAUACGGACAAUGAAAAGUUUAAUAUUUUAGAUUGUUUAACUCUAUAACUUACCAAUAAAUCUAUACAAUAUAAACAACAACAAAA